AUUUUAUAUUCGAGUUUGUCGGUGGGAAGCCAUUCUUUUGAAAUUCUAUAUUUCGCCAUAACUUCAUAAUAAAAAAAACCUGUUAAAUGUCUAUAAAACUGGGCGUGCAAGUCAGUGCAGUAUAAAAAUGAUACGUGCAACAGUUUGCAAUAUUUGUAUAAACCUGUUGCUUGGUGGAUACCUAGUUGAAUGUUUCGUCUUACUCACAGCCAACGUGGAAGACAUAAAGCAAAUAGCAAAAAAAUUUCUCUCCGAGUCCAUUUCUGAUCAAAUUACAGACUUUCUGUCUAAAGCUAAAACACGGGACACGCUGUCUGAAGAGAAUGAGAGGAACGCACAGGACUAUAGAAAUUCUAGAGAAAUGGACCAAAUCCGUGAGGAAUACAUGAAGACAGAAUACAACAUAGGUCGCAAUCAGGAACAAAUAUUCGGUAAUGCUCAAAAGCCUAUUCCAUACAACCCACGACUGGCAGAAAACCAAGCGAACCUCGCACCAGGAAGACCACAGCUCGGAAAGAGACUAAAAAAAGUUAGAUAUCUAAACGAAAAUCAAUUUAAAAUGAAUUCUCCAUACAAUGUACCGAAUCUUCAAUUUAAUAACAACAAUCAAAAUCUUUACAAACAGAAGAGGAUAUUAAGAAUGAAGCCAAUCAAUCAACCAUUAAUUCAGAUGAGCAACAAUUAUUCUAAUUUAAAUAGUAAAAUUAAAUUAACGACAGAGAAGCCGCAGGCCAAGGAAUUCGACCAAUACGAGAACUUAAAUAUUAAGAAUGAGUUUUUAGCGACUAGUGGACAGGUGAUGUUGCCCAGAAUCAGGGCGUCAGAGGAAAUAUCAGAAACGGAUAGUUAAUAAAAACAUUUUGUUGCUUGCA